AUGCUCGCAUGCUCCUAUUCAGAGGAUGGUGACAGUGAUUCGUCGAGUGUCACACCAACUGAUGGACGCAUGUUCUUCAUAGAGUCCACCACACCCAUGUUUAUUGAGGUGCAGGAACUGGUGGCUCGCGUUUAUGGAGGUAUGCAGUUUGGUGAUGAGAUAUUCGCCAAUCCUGUGUUGGCCCACACUCGCGUUCUGUGGUUGGAAACCGCCCGUUGGGUCAACUUCGAGCAGAAUUAUGAUGAGGUGGAACAACGGUUCAACGAGGCUCAUGUUUCACCAAUGAAGUUUACACGCUUGGCACAAUUCACUGAAGAAAUUAAGAGGCACUGUGUGAUUAUUGAAACUGAUGCAAGUACACUUGGAGGGGCUUUGACUGAAUUGGCCGACCAUGCUCGUGCGACCAACUGUGUCACUUCCAGAGAACAGUACGACGUGCUCCGUGCCAUCUUACUAUCUGAACGCUGGCAUCCCGAAGUGAAAGGCCGAAUCUCGGAUUCGGCUGAAUUCGAACAAUACUGGAAUGUCGAUCGUGCUGCUUUCACCCAAACUAUCUUUUUGGACGCGAGAUGCGCCAGCCCUAAAGGCCAAAUCUUAUUCGAAUUUUCCCUGAUUAAAAGCGGCUUGGCUUUCAUUACGUUUUAUCCACAGGGUUUUGUUCCGGACGAUGAUACCAUUGAAAAGCCGGUCGCCAUGACGCCAAAAGCAUCAAUCAGACCAUCUCUUGGCGCAGUGCUCAACCUUCACAAUCAGCCGGCACAUCCAUAUCAUCGUUUUAAUCAGGCGUUGACCGACUGCUUGGAAGCGGAUGCAGAAGCCUGCACGGUUUUGUGCGGGACUGUCAAUUUUUUGACGAAGCCACUGAUCGCUUUGAUUCGUUCCAAAAGAACCAUAACUAACUCGUGUAUAUCAGAAGUGAAUGUACCGGUGCGGUUUAUUUUCAGCUAUUUGGGUCCACCCUCCAACGAGUUCAAGUAUACCAAGCUCGGUCGCGUGUUUGCGGUCAUGAUGAGCAACUCGAUAUUUCGCGCAGCUGUUUACGAUGCCAAAACUACAUCGGACCUGAUCAAAUCCGUGGAUCUGUUCAUGACGGAUGCGCUUGUUAUGCCACUUGCACGCCACCCACAUCCCGAAGCUCUGGCCGGUAUGGUGCGUCAAAUAGAGGCGUACAAACGCGAAGGUGCUUAUGGCAGAGAACCGGAGCGUUUUGAAAGAACUCUUGACAUGGCCACACAGGAAGGUGCUCUGACACAAAUGGAUGCAACACAGAGAGGGUCGAUUUCGGCCACAGAGAGAGUCCCCACAAGACAGCGUUGUCUCAAUGACUUUUGUCCUCCUUACGUUGACUUUGCUCGUGGUUUUCGACCAUGGAUCAAUCGUUUUCCCAGUGACUUCAAGGAUGCCGUGAAGAAAGACAAUGUGGGCAUUGUGUUUGGGAGUGUACUGUUCCUCUACUUCGUCAACCUUGCACCAGCAAUUACUUUUGCUGCACUUUUGAAUUCUCAAGUUGAUAAAGGAUUCACUGUGAGUGUCACGCUGGUUUCGACUGGAGUCUACCUCAUUGUGUUCACAUUAUUCGCUGGACAACCGCUGGCAUUUAUUGGUAUUACGGGUCCUAUGUUCAUUUUGGAGACCUCCCUUGCUUCGAUAGCAAAGACUGCCGGAGUACCGCUCAUGCAACUCCGCUUCUGGACAUCCAUAUACUGUGCUAUUUGCGGUUUUUUCUUCAUCACACUCAACGCAUCCGUGCUGGCCAAUCAAAUCCGACGUUCGGUAGAAGAGGUUUUCAACGCCUUUAUUGCAUUCUUCUUCCUUCUCAAGGCAUUAUUCACAAUGUUCCGGAUUCGAAAACUCCUCGGAGCACUCAAUGUUCCGUUAGGUAUGGUGCUAAUAGCCGUGCUGAAUCAAAUCUUCUUCUUGGGGUUUGAAUUGCCCAUGGUCAACAUUCCUCCGUCGAAUCAAAUCAACGUUUCCCGGUGGGUUAAUUUUCCUAACUACGACCUGUUAAACCUGUAUCCAGUCAAUGCAGUGGGACUGGUACAUGGAGUCGGUUUCGCAAUCGGUUUCACAAUGUCGAUCAUCGUAUUCACCGAGGCUGCUCUGAAUGGCAUCACAGCCAUGAAGAACAAGGCAGUCAAACCCAACGUGUUUGUCAUGGACUUGUUCCUGUUGACAAUCAUCUUCCCAGUGGUCAGUGGUCUCAUGGGAUGGCCGUUUGUUUCCGGUGCAACAGUACGAACAAUGAGCAACCUGGUGGCCCUGGUCAAGCUUGACCAUGCACCCGCACCUGGGAUGCCCCACAGGUCCAAUGCUCCCCGUUUUGGUACAAACCUACCAGAACAAAAAUUAUCUGAACGUGAAUUCUACAGAUCAGGCAUCGAACUACAGCCAACAAUUACUUCACCCCAAGAUGCUGGCCUAACCAGUCAAUCCUCCCAGUUUCAACGAGUUAUCGGGACCGUCGAACAGCGGGUAAGCGGUAUGCUGGUGGGGUUGCUGGUUUUCUUGUCCGUCUUCCUUGGGUCAGUUCUCCGAUUUAUUCCGGUAGCGGCGCUCUACGGUAUGUUCCUGUAUAUGGGUGUGAUGGGGUUACGGGACCUUCAAUUCUUCCGUCGUUUCCUUGCUCUGAUGAAACGCCGAAAGCAUUGGGAGGACUGGGAAUGUGUACGUGGACUACCGAGCAAACACAUACUUGUGUUUGCUGUGAUUCAAGCUGUGGUGAUUGGAAUCCUGGUUGUACUCAAUAUUAUAUCCGAGUUCACAGCUGCUUCCUAUGUGGGUAUCGUGUUUCCCCUCGUCGUGUUGCUGUAUGCGCUGCUCCGGGAACUGGCCUUCCCCAAAUGGAGGUGGUUGGCUCCAUAUCUGCACCAGCUUGACAGAAAAUACAAAUUGAACCCGGCUCCUGUCAAAACAUCCAUGUCUGUGCCACGUUGUAUCUCCGUACUGAACAAGGAUAGCGUCACAAGCUUUGGGAACACGCAUCUAGCAAUGAAGAUAGACGAGGUCUCGAGCCAACGUGGCAAAGAAUUUGUUGAGACAGACUCGUACCAGGAAUACAGCGAUCAUGAGGACGGUGUGAUUCGGCGAACGUGGGCUACCUAA